GGUGGUACCUCCUUCCUUUCAGCUGUCUUUCUCUCCCCGCCCCCAGAGUGCUCGCGCGGCUUCCUCCGGUGGGCGGUAGCCUUGGACGUGGCGGGGCCGGGCCAGCCUGGGCGCCGGGCCUCGGUGCUCUGCUUAGCUGCUCGGCAGCUGGCCUUCCGCGCCCCCGUCAAGCCCCCGACAGGCCCGGUGCCUUCCCAGUUUGGGGCGGGUCAGGAGAAUGGCUUCAGAGAUAGAGUCGUCGCUCGAGGCGAGCUUCUCGUCCAGCGGUGCGAUGUCAGGGGCCUCAGCGUUUCUGCCUCCGGCUCGCUCCCGCAUCUUCAAAAUAAUCGUGAUUGGCGACUCCAAUGUGGGCAAAACGUGCCUGACCUACCGUUUCUGCGCCGGCCGCUUCCCUGACCGUACCGAGGCUACUAUCGGGGUGGACUUCCGAGAACGAGCAGUGGAGAUUGAUGGGGAGCGUAUCAAGAUCCAGCUAUGGGACACGGCGGGACAAGAACGAUUCAGAAAGAGCAUGGUACAGCACUACUACAGAAAUGUACAUGCUGUUGUCUUCGUGUAUGAUAUGACCAACAUGGCGAGUUUUCAUAGCCUGCCAUCUUGGAUAGAAGAAUGCAAACAGCAUUUGCUAGCCAACGAUAUACCACGGAUUCUUGUUGGAAAUAAAUGUGACUUGAGAAGUGCCAUUCAGGUACCCACAGACUUGGCACAGAAAUUCGCUGACACGCACAGUAUGCCUUUGUUUGAAACCUCUGCUAAAAACCCCAAUGAUAAUGACCAUGUGGAAGCUAUAUUUAUGACCUUGGCUCAUAAGCUUAAGAGCCAUAAACCAUUAAUGCUUAGUCAACCCCCUGAUAACGGAAUUACCCUGAAGCCUGAACCAAAGCCUGCAAUGACGUGCUGGUGCUAAAUAACAGUCUUUAUUAUACUAUCUAAUUUUGACGACAAAUACCUUUGAAGUAUGACAGUGAAAAGUCAUAGAAUUUAAUCUGAAAUAUAAUGGAUGGUCCUGACACUUUACUUUUUAUCAUUGUCAUGCUUAUUUUUGUGUUUUGUACCUACUUAAUCAAGUUUGUCACUGUGACAACACAAGGAAAAAGUUUUCAAGUGAGGUUGAAAUGAAGUUAGGAUGAAUCAGAACAUCUUUCCAUUGAGAGCCCAAUGAAGGAAGCUUCACGUGAGAACAUGAUGGAAUUUUAAGAGUCACUAAUUGUUUAAUCCUGUGUUCCUGGGAUUGAAAAAAUAUAUUAAGGGUUUAGUAUAUUUGUUGGUAUGUCCUUUGAAUGAGAAGUGUUCUCAAUAGGAUAAAAACUGAUAUUUGCCUCUCCCUUAAGUUGUUUCUUUGUGUUAUUGGUUUAUGUAAUUGCAUUAUAAUUGGUAUAUUUUAGAGUCAAGACUUUAGUUCCAGUGGGAAGAGAAGGUGUAAAAUGUUUUCUGGUUCUCAGUCCAUAAAGAAUGACUUUUCCAACAGUUCUAGAUGCUAUAUAUCUCUAAUCAAUAUCAAUCAGGUCUACAAAAAUUAUUGUUAUUUUUAAAAGAGUAAUUUGAAUUGUUUUCUUACUAAGUGCUUUAAAAUAUGCAGAAGUAAAUCAGAUUUUAAUGCAAAAGACAUGACAUAAUAAGGUGCUUUAUACUUUGUUUUGGUAUUUUUAAACAGUGAAAAACUAACUGAAAGGUUUGAGGAGUUGUAAUUUGGGAGAGAAUAGGUGAACGUGGUUCCAGCUACCACAACAGACCUAUUCCUGGCUUUUAGUAAUUUCAAGCUGUGUAUCUGACAUAGUAUCUCUUGCUCUCCCCCACUCUCCAGUCAAUGUAAUGCCUUCAGGCUGAAUUAGCAAAUCAUCUUCCAUUUGGACUGAGGGCAUACCUUUAAUUGCUAAGUGUCUACAUGUAUUUCUCUAAUAGUACUGUGUUACAGUACAUGGGUUGUUUAAAUCUUUAAAUUUUACGGUCGUAACAAGAUACUCCUCCUCGGUGUGAAAAAUAAAUUAAAUAUUGAAAAAUAUCUAGUCUGUCCCUCAGUGGUAGAAAGGCUAUUUCAUAAAGUUUUUACCCUAAAUACUUCUUAAAAAUUUUUUUUAAAAAUACUUUUAUUUUGAAUUUAGGACUUUGCACAUGGAAAAUAGUAAGCUUGCAUAUGAAGCUAUUAACAUGAAUGGAAUGUAAGCCAUGACCUUUAACUGAAGUGUGCAUAUUCACUAAUUCUGAAAGAUUGCUGAAUUUAAUCAUUUUAGAGGAAAUUAAGCCAAAAGGUGAUUAUAUUUAAAAUAUUUUCAGAAUGUGGGAAACUAAUUAAAUAUGUGAUCUAAUCUAAUCUAAUCUAGUGUAGAAUUUUCUGUUUAAUCAUCAUGGUGGUCCUGACUGGAUAAUUUAUAGAACAAGAUAAUUCUAUUAAAUGAACUAACUGAAAGUAAUAAUUAUAGGAAAUAACUGUUCUGUUUUAAACAUCAAAGCUUAAAGAAAAACAAAUUGGCUUUGAUUUUAAGGAGAUUAAUCCAGUUUUCUUACCAUGCUGGAAUUAAAAAUGGUUUGACUUUAUCUAAAUUAAUGUUGAUUUAUAACUAUUUUUAUAGUAAAACAAUGACAGCUGUUACAGUUGUGAUGGGUGUAACAGUUUUUUAAAGAAGGGAAUCUGCUUAUUGCUUAUCAAAACAUUUUUCUAAAGUGGAAGAAGAAAGUUUACAGACUUUCCAAGCACAUUUAUGUUUUCUCAGUGCUGUUAUUAAUCAUUUUUAAAAAAAGGUAAUUUAACUUUCUUUUUGUAAGAAGUUAGUAGUAAGUAUCCUUUACAGUUCUGUGAAAGGCCUUAUUUUUUCACUUUAAUAUUUAUUAAUUUUAAAAUAUUUGUAUCCCAUUUAUAGUGACUUAUGGUUUUAGUUUUUUCUACAUGCUUUUAUUUUUAAAAAGAACAUACUUAACAGCUGAAUGGGGAUAAAGCUUUUAGAUAUUUUCCAAAAUAUUUAUAAAAUGCUUCACUGACUAUUGAGAAAUCACUUCUAAAUGGUGGCUAUCAAACAACUAAUUAUUUUAAAGCACAAAUCACACAUUUUGUAACUUCUGUGUGAACUUAUUUUAACUGUGACCUUUAGUUGAAAACAUCAGAUAUGUUUUAGAAAAGUCAUAAUUUGAGAACACCAAAGGAAGCUCAUCCAGUUAGCUAUGACUAGCAGUGCUUUAUUGGCAGUAUAUUGCUAAUACAUUUCCUCAUGAAGUCUAAACUAGGGUUAAAUAAUUUUGUUGUGGAAUAGUGUCACUGUAACUUUGCCCUCAUGAAGUUCAAUAAACCAGCUUUGGCAUAAGGAAA